GUUUGCUCUCCCACCGUGUCCUCUCUCUCAAAGGCUUUUGACGCGAGAUCCUCAUCGCAUGUUCACACGUCGAAAUGGCUGCACGCAAUGUUCUUGUAAUAGGUGCAAAUAGAGGCUUGGGACUUGGGCUCUUGAAAGUUUUCAAGGAAAAAGGAUACAACAUCUUCGGCACCAUUCGACCGGAAACGAGAUCUGAUCCCUCAUUCAAAGAUCUCGAAGCAACCGGGGCUACGAUCAUCAACCUCGACUAUCUGAAAGAAGAUAGUAUUGCUGAUGCUGCAGAGACUUAUGGCAGCGACAAAGCGCUCGAUGUUCUGGUGAACUGUGGCGGCGUGGAAAUGCACCCGGAAAAGUGGACGGACACAACCGCGGAAUCGCUGAUAUACAAGUAUCGUGUCAUGACUGUGGGACCUUUCCUCGCGAGCAAAUACUUCCUACCCAGCCUACAAAGAAGCGAGUUUGCCAAGAUCGUCAAUAUUACUUCAGAGUGGGCUUCCAUCGCAGCAAACGAUUGCGGAACACACAUCAGUUACCGCGUGCCUAAGUCAGCACUCAACGCACUCAGUAUCUCGGUUUCUCAAGAGCUCAAGACCGCAAAGGAGAAUAUUGCGGUGCUUUGCGUGGAUCCCGGCGAUGUUCCGACUAAAUUAAGCAGAUGGGAGGGAUGGAUCAAUUUCGAUGAUUCUGUUCGUGGUAUGUAUGAGCAGAUUGAGAAAGCCACUAUCAACGACACUGGCCUGUUUGUCAACUGGCAAGGUCAUAAGUGGCCUUAUUGAGAGAUGAGACCUUGAAAAGGCUGUAUGUUCAUGCUCCGCUUGGCUGCCGACGAUUGCAUCUGGGAAUGUUGGGAGAGGCGGGUCAUAUGUAAAAGGGCUAUGGUAUCUAACUGGGGGACUUCGGUAGCUUAGAGCGGGCCACUCGAAUCUGAUACGCAAACAUUGAGUGCACAGGUUGGUCUGUCAUGAUGUUUCAGUUUGACUACCUUGCUGGGCCUAAGAAAGUGUUGUUCCCCACGAUUUCCCAUACUACUCAAUAUCCGAAGAAUGCAACCGAGGCGAUGGCCAACCCUUCAAUUCCAGCCUGCAGAGAGGGCUCAAUCUCUGGCGCAAAUCUUGGGUUGUGAUUGAACGGCAAAUCGGCCAAGGUACCAUUCCUUUCGGCCUCGUCAUACUCCUCACGUGGAGUCACACCGUAGUUCCAAUAGACGUAUGGGAUCGGCUUCUCGCCUGGCGGAUGUGCCAGAAGAACGAAAUCAUCUGCAGUAAUGUCAAGGUCCAUCUGGAUGACCUUUUGCGGAGCCUCGUCGCCGUAGAAGAUACGAAGUGCCGAAGUGAACUUGUCUGUCGCCUCGCUGUCGUUGUCAAUUGGAGGGCAGCUGGCAGAGGUCACAAUCCGGGGCUUUUUGGGAGAAUUGGCAGCCUGACACUCCCCUUCGAUGAUGCGCUUCACCGCCUCGACGGCCCUUGUCUGUAUAUCCUUGUUGAACGACCGAACGUCGACUUUGAAGUCCGCGAACUCCGGUAUGAUACUGGCGUCCGUGCCGCCAUGGAAAUAGCCACUGGUGACUGCACACGGUUCCUUGAAAUCAAUCUCUCUAGCGACAACCAUCUGAAGGCGUGAAAUGAUGGUGCUCGCCAUCAAGAUAGGGUCGAUUCCCAGCUCAGGCGUUGAUGAGUGUGUUCCCUUGCCGUAAACACGAACAGCCAAUGAGUCGAGAAAGCCCAGUACGCGGCCGCGGCGAGUGCCGAUGGUGCCCGCCCUCGUCGGGACGGCAUGCUGACCAAGAACGAUAUCAGGCAGAGGUAUUUUACCAAAAAGGUCGUCGUCAAUCAUGGCCCGGGCACCAAGCAGUCGCUCCUCAUUUGGUUGAAAAACGCAGAUCAGUGUGCCCGACCAAGAAUCCCUCACUUUUUUCAGUAGUUCUGCAGCGCCCAAUAAGCUGGCCAUAUGCAUGUCAUGACCACAGCCAUGCAUGACCCCCUUCACAAUUCCAUCAGUGUCCAGCUGCUUCGCUGUGCUGGCGUAAGGAAGCCCCGUGUCCUCCUCCAUUGGCAAGGCAUCCAGCUCUGAACGGAGCAAUACUGUGCUCCCUUCCCCGUUGGUCAAGAUACCCACAACUCCAUGGCCACCUAUGUUUCUUUCGACCUUAUAGCCGAGAGACUCGAGAUGCUCAGCGACAAUAGCCGCAGUGCGUGACUCUUGGCCCGGUAGCUCAGGGUUUUCAUGGAAAUCUUUGUAGACUGAUACGUAUUGUUCCAAUGACGGGAAGUGUUGUUUGAAGAUAUGACGCCAUUUAUCGAAGGAAAGAGAGAGCUCUGUGUUUUGAAUCUGCAUGGUGGGUUGAGCGAAUUAGGGAUAACACUGACUGAUGAAGCCAGGACGACGGAGUGCUGACCAGUUGGGGGCUCCAGGAUCGUUC